CCGUCAACCACUUUCAAGAACAGGUCCACGAAAACACCCCAUGGCUUGACACCAGACAGCUACCUUAGCCACCCACCCGCCUGCCUUCACCAUGGACUCCGACAUCCGGGUCGAGGACUACCUGAACGACAAGCUGCAGUCGACGACCGACUUUGAGCACCUCGACACACUGCUCAGCAGCGUCGAGUACCAGCGCAGCCAACUCCAAUCGCAGCUCGACCAUGCCACGCGCGAGCUCGACGAGGCCCGCCGGUCGUCGGCCGACCGCAGCGCCGCGCUCAUGGCCCAGAUCGACGAGUUCAACGCCCUGCAGAAGAGCAUCGACGUGCGCCUGCACAUCAUCGCCGAGUCCGACGCCCCCGACGACGCCAUCCGCCGCCUCGAGCCGCCCAUGCGCCAGCUCCACAAGGUCGACCUCGCCUACCGCUAUCUGCUGCUGCUGCAGGACGUCGAGGGCCUGCGCCGUGCGGCGCGCCGCCACCUGCCGCGCGACCCCAAAGCCGCGCUGGAGCCUUACGCGCGGCUGAAGCAACUGGCGCUGCGCCUUCGGGAGCUCCAGCAGCAGGCUGACGGUGCCGCGGUGCAUCUUGUCAGGCAUGUCGACUCCGCGGUCGAGAAGCUGUGGGACGACAUGAAGAGGACCAUGUCGGACGAGCUCGAGGCGGUGCUGUCCAAUCGCGGGUGGCCCAACGUCGACCCGGACACCGAGGUCGACGACGAGUGGCUGCAGUGCUUUGACAAGCUCGUCGACCUGCAGGUGCCCGAGGUGCUGUACUCGCCAGCCACCGUCAGCCUUCUGCCGGUGGAUGUCAUGGCGCACAUCUUUGUCAAGGAGUUUCGGUUCCACUUUCUCAGCGACAAGCCGACGAGCAGCCCGCAGGUCGUCACGGCGCACUGCUUUCCCUGGUUUCUGGCCCUGGUCGAGAAGUGGGAGGACUUCUUCCGGGACAACUUUGGGCCGGUGCUUGCUGCCAAGUUUGGGGACACGCCCGUUGCUCACAAGAUGGUGUACAUGGACCCCGUCUGCGCCUUCAUAACCUCCAUGCUGCCCGUCAUGAGGGAGAAGAUUGCCGUGACGCUUGCAGAAACAUCCGGGGACGCCGUCUUCCUCAGCAGCCUGCUCUCGCAGCUCAUGACGUUUGACGAAAGGCUCAGGUCCGCGUUUGCCUACGACGACGGGGAUGCCGAGGAAGGCUGGGGCGGCUUGACGUCGGAGAUUUUGAAUAAGCACUUCCGGCCGUGGCUCGAGGCGGAGAAGAGGUUUGCACUAGAGCGCUACCAGACCAUCAUGGCGGCGCCAGACGCGCGGAGCAUCGACUACGACUUUGCCGCGGCGGGGAGGACGAAGCCCACGUUUGCGGCCACGCGCGUUACCGACCUGCUCCGCUCUGUCACAACCCAGUACGAGCGGGUCAGGCGCUUCUCCCACAAGCUGCGCUUCCUCAUCGACAUCCAGCUGGCCAUUCUGGACGAAUACCAUGACCAUCUCAGGGGCACGCUGGAGGCGUAUUUGAGCAUUACGUCGACUGUAGGAAGGGCGUUUGGCGUGACCAAGGAGCAGCUGGCUGCGCUUGAAGGGACCGGGGCUCUGGAGACGCUGUGCAAGGUGUACGGCAGUGCCGACCAUAUCGUCAACACACUAAGAGACUGGAGUAAUGAAGAGUUCUUCGUUACACUAUGGGAGCAGCUCCAGGCACGAGCCAAGGCCACCGACGAUCAAAGCAACCUUGCCGGUGGCAUGAGCUAUGACCAUGUCAGGGACCGGACCUCCUCAGCCGUGGGUAAAGAAGAGGACAGCGGCGUCCUAUUUGACGAGACCAUCGCCGCGUAUAACCUGAGACGGAAACGGGCGCAAGAGUUUUUAGCCGAGGCACUGGUCGAGUCUCAUCGGAAGGCUUUCAAAGCGUACAUCCACCGCCCGCAGUGGAGCACGAUUGCAGAUGAUUCUCCAGGCGAUUUGGUUGUUACGGCUGAAUUAGACGAGCCUCUGAGAAUCUUGAAGCGCGACCUGGAUUUCCUCCAUCGAGCCCUCGGCAAAGCCGUGUUCCGCCGCGUCUGGCGGGAGGCACUCGAAAAUCUUAACAGCACGCUAUGGAGCGAGGUCUUGAUGAGCCACAAGUUCACGGCGUCAGGGGCAGCCCAGUUCGCGCGGGAUGUACAUGCCAUCUCGGCGCUCGUCGAGAGGUACAUCCCGGACGGAUCAAGGUCGCUUGCCAGUCUAGUCGACGCUCUCCGGCUAUUCAACCUGCCCCUGGAGGCACAGGAAGGCGGCAUGACGCUCAAGCGGGCGACGGAUAUGGUGUUUACGGACAAUGCCGAGGCAAAGAAGGUCUUGGAGGAGCUCCAAACCGACUUGUUGACGCCUGCCAAUGCCAGGCAAAUACUGCAGCGCAGGGUAGAGAAUGCGGAGUAGUGGUAGAUUGUCGGGUAUAUGCAAGAUCUUUGAUUG